AUGCCUGAAAAGGAGUCGCCGUCCCGCCGCGGGGUGUUGCUCUUGGCGCGCAGGAAGCACGUGCGGCCGCGCCAGAACGUGAACGACUGGCAGCCAGGAUGCUCGCAGCACAACUUCUCGCACUCGUCCACGCUCGCCACUUGCUGGCUCAUGAGGUCGUUGGCGUCGCCGCCGCUGUCCAUCCAGCUGCUGGAGAAGUCCAAGGGGGAGAUGGGCGCCAUGUACGACGAGAAGAAGGUCAUGGAGCCCGUGUGCGCGCAGAAUGGGCCGGUCAAGGAGUUGCAGCCGUCGUUGUUGCCGUCGUCAGUCGCGGUCAUGUCCAUCGUGUACACGCUGGUGGCGCGGCAACAGAGCGUGUUGUGCGAGCAUACGGACCAGAGCGGCAACUUCCCCACGGUCACGCGCGCCGUGCUGAAGCACCUGGCGCAGCACGAGCCUAGUGCGUCAGCCCCGGCCUCCAAGAGCGUAUUCCCGUACAACGAGUUCAACUUCUUCUUUCUCUACGACGAUGGUAUCACGUACAUGUGCAUGGCGGAGGAGCGGGUGCACGCGAACGUGGCGUUCAUGAUGCUCGCCGAGGUGCAGACCAUGUUCCUGGCCAAGUACAAGCAGCAGGCACAGACCGCACUGGCCUACGCCAUGAGCUCCUUCAAUCCGACGCUAGACUCGCUCAUGAAGAAGUACGACAACUACAAGCUGGAGACGCCCCUGUCACAAGUGCGGCAGAAGAUGGAACGGGUCAAGACGCUGAUGAUUGAGAACGUCAACCAGUUAAUGGAGCGUGGGGAGAAGAUCGAGUUGUUGGUCACACGAACAACUAAGUUGCAGCAGGAUGCCAUGAAGUACGAAAAGUCCGCUAAGAAGCUCAAGAAUGCGUACUGGUGGAUGAACGUGAAAUACUGGAUCUACGGCACACUUGCCUUGGCUGUACUUGCUCUAGUCGUGACGUUCAUGAUUUGCGGGGCGGACUUGUCCAGCUGCGCUGCUCGCGUCGAAAAUAAAGCAGAAGACGGAAUCAAUAAAGUAGCCGAGACCGCCUCCGGUGCAGCAACGGAUGCAGCGAACAAAGCAUCUACAGGCGUAGCUGGAGGCGGUAUAUAG